AUGUCCGAGAAGAUAGAGGAGGAGAUCCUGGAACUAAUCAAUAGGUCCAACUUCAAACAAUGCUAUGCCAGACUGGGACAAUUGCAGAAACAAUUUCCUAACGCGGUAUACUUCAAGAUCCUAGAGACAUAUGCCAAGUUCAAGCAAUCGCCCGGUAAAUUCGACUAUAAGAAACUAUUGGAUGAACCGUACGGGUUGAAAGGAACCACAAUUACUGGCGAUUCUCGCUCCUUGGAGUUUCUACACAAUUUCUUCGUGGAAUUAGGGAGAUACGAUGAAGCCUUGCAUGUCUAUGAACGAGGGAACUUCAAGUUCCCCAGCUACGAAUUGUCGUACCAUUGGUUCACGAAGGCUUUGGAAGAUUCGAAUUUUAAUCAAAUGAGCAAGGCGUCUUUACAACUAGCCAAGUACAGUGACAGUGGGAACCUGCCCAAGAGGGCAUAUUAUUUUUGGAAUGCCAUCUCGAUUUUAGCUGUGAUGAGGUUCCAAGAGAGCACUGUUUCUGAGACUAAAAAGAUUGUGCUGGCUAAGCUUGCACGUCAAUCUUUGUUAGACCUGAAACCGUUUGAAAACGUUCAAGAGAUCAUUGUUUAUUGUCUAGUAUUGGACGAGUUGUUCCUUGAAUCCAAAGAAAUCUCGGAAGAAAUUGUCGAGAUCACCCUUAUAACUUUCGAUACUUCAGUAAAUUUGUAUUUGAAAAACUUUAUCUUGAAGCACGUCAAGUUAUUGGAUUCUCCACAGAAGCUUUUUGAAGUUUGCUCAAAACUUAUCGAAAAAGGUCUUGAUGAUUACGAGUUGAUCAUAAACUUAAUCGAGGCUGCCCAUAAACUUUCCAAACCACAAGAGGAAGUACAGCACUGGCUUGACGGAAAUUUAGGCGAUUCAAGGAAUACGAGAUUGGCUCGUUUGAAGCUUGAUAUGGUAUACACGAAGUCUGUUUCGGAACCAUCUUUGUCUUAUUACCUUUCGAAGUACCAUAAUAAACCUUGCUGUUCGGUCGACCUCAAUCACUACACAGACCACAUAGACAGAGAUAUGCUCAAAAGCGUUAUGACCAAGUAUGAUCGAGACGAUAGAGACUUGAUUCAUCAUUGCAAUACUUUGGAAAUGGGACUAAUUGAAAGUAACCCGAUCUGCGAAUAUAACAGGUUCAAAGAAACCUUAACCAAAAAGCCAAUAACCGAUUAUUCAUCCUGUUCUACUUUUAUAUUAGAAAUGAUCAAAGGCGUAUGUAAAGAAACUAGUCCAAACCUGAAAGAUAUACUUUUAUGUAUAUCAAUGUUGGAAAACUACCAAACCAAGGAUCCUCAUAACUUUGAUACCGCGUGCUGGCUAAUUGUUCUAUACAUGUAUCUAGGCUUAGUCCCCGACGCUCAUUUCCAUUUCUCAAACUUGAAGAUCAAAAACGUUCAAACGGAUUCCAUGGAUUAUUUACAAUUCGCGAGGUUUUCUACUUCAUUUCCCAAUAAACAAAGCGAUUUUUACUCUAAAACUUAUCACGAACACAAUAAUUUAUAUGACGUAUCGCUAGCCAACUUACCUAGAUAUAUCCAGAUAGCAUUUGAAAGAUCUUCGUAUAGUAAAAUCUUGGGUAUGUUCGAGAUGAAGGAUAAACUAAUGAGAUCUUAUACCAGAUGGAUGAAAACGUUAGAAAACCUACAAUUCUCACGUUUAUGCAAUGACAAACGCGGAAAUCUGUUACAAAAAAUGCACGAAGAUUGGAGAUCUUUAGAAAUGACGGGAAAUAUAUCAUUUUCUGAUAAUAGAGAUUUGUCCAUACUAGAUAAAGAUUUCGUUCAAUUUUUCGGUUACGAUAAAAUCCUGGAAUUUGCAAAUUUAAAUGAAACCUCAAUUUUGUUAAGUUUGGUAAGGGAACUUAUCAUCGAAGCUCUGCCAAGCGGUGAGAAAAUGGAACAAAUAAGCGAACUUUUAGAGAAACUUUCAUCAGAAAACCUUAAUGAGCUGUUGGCUAAUAAUUUCACCGAAGUCGAAUCAGUAUCAUUCCAAAUCUUUUAUGAAAUUUACGAAAAUGACGGUAAAGAGCUGCAUACUUUGAUUUCGAAGUUAAUGAAGAUUCCUCUAAAUGCAAAACAAAACUGGAAGAUAUCUCAUAUUUACCUCACCAAAAUUGCAACUCUAAAGACACUUGACAAUUUGAAAAGGAUCAAAAAUAAAGAAACUCAAAAAUUAGUUAAGAACUCCCUUAAAGAGCUAAGAGGAUGCUGUGAUACUCUUUUUAAGGAAUAUUCUGAUGCAAUAAACCUAGCAUUCGAAGAACUACAAAAGGGCGAACCCAUGAAAUUGCUAAAAGAACUUGAUUUUAAACUUGAAAGUCCUAAAAACAUUAAAAAUUCAUUACUGAACAUACAAAAGAAUGUACGGAAUUUAUAA